UAACUAGUGCUUGAGAGCAGCAGCGAGGAUGGGAUUGGGCGGUGUUGGCUGGAGGAGAGUUGGUUCCAAGGUGCAGCAGAGAUGGGGCUGGGAGAACUGCCUCCGGCUCCGGGGCUUCUCUUCUGCUGCGCUUCCGUCUCACAUGGAGGCGCCAACAUUGCAGAGUGUUGGGUUCAUCGGGCUCGGAAAUAUGGGCUCCCAUAUGGCAAGGAACCUGAUAAAUGCUGGAUACAGGGUGUCUGUUCAUGAUGUCAACAAGAAUGCCAUGAAGAAAUUCUCAGACGAUGGAAUACCCACAAAACGGUCUCCACUUGAAGUUUCUGAGUCAAGCGAUGUCGUAAUUACCAUGCUUCCUUCAUCUGCUCAUGUAUUAGAAGUAUACAGUGGAGGGAAUGGCUUGCUCGGUAACGGGGGACGCCUUGGACCAUGGCUAUACAUAGAUUCAUCUACGGUUGAUCCACAUACAUCAAGAAAGAUAUCCAUGGACAUUUCAAGAUGCGGUUUAAAAGAAAAGAAAGGCUAUGCUGAAAAGCCGAUGAUGCUGGAUGCUCCUGUGUCCGGAGGUGUUCCUGCAGCAGAAGCCGGGACACUGACUUUCAUGGUGGGUGGUUUAGAGGAAGCAUAUGUAGCAGCGAAGCCGUUACUUCUCGCAAUGGGGAAAAAGCUUAUCUACUGUGGUGGGGCUGGAAACGGCUCGGCUGCAAAGAUCUGUAACAACAUGGCUAUGGCUAUCAGCAUGCUUGGGGUCUCUGAGGCUUUUGCUCUUGGUCAAAAUCUUGGGAUCAAAGCAAGUACUCUCACAGACAUAUUUAAUUGCUCUAGCGCUCGCUGCUGGAGUAGUGACACAUAUAACCCAGUUCCUGGAGUAAUGGAAGGUGUGCCUUCAUCGAGGAAUUAUGAUGGUGGUUUCACCUCCAAACUAAUGGCUAAAGAUCUGGAUCUGGCAAUGGCCUCUGCAUCUGGUGUUGGCUACAAAUGUCCCAUGGGCUCUGAAGCACUUGAUAUUUACCGGAAGCUAUGUGAGGAGGGCUGCGAUGCCAAAGACUUCUCAUGCGCAUUCCGCCACUACUACACCGGAAAGGAUGAAAAGUGAUCUUGCAGUUAUGCCAGCCAGCUUGUCACCUGAUGAAAUAAAACGAUAAUAAUGUUCUUAAAUUGAUUGAACUAAAAGUGCUAAACAGUGAGCAGGCAAGGCUGGACUCCCCUGGGUGUACAGUGUAGUUAGUUGGGUUUGCUUCUGGGCGACCAGUUUGCAGAACCUUCUCUGUUUUCGCAAUAAAUUGGUACCGGACUGCAUUUCUUGCUCCGUU